AUGGGCUCGACCGUACUCCCUUAUAUGCAAACAAACCCGAAGGUGAUCUUCUUCACCGAUUUUGACGGCACGAUCACCGUUGACGACAGCAAUGAUUUUAUGAUUGACAAUCUCGGGUUUGGCCGCGAGCGCCGCCAACAACUGAACGAGAAGGUCCUCGACGAAACACUUGGUUUCCGGGACGCCUUCCGCGAGAUGCUGGGAAGCAUCAAGACCCCCUACGACGAGUGUAUCGCGACUCUGCUGAAGAACAUGAAACUGGAUCCGUACUUCGAGAAGUUCUACUACUGGGCCCGGGACAACAAUGUGCCUAUUGUAAUUCUGUCCUCCGGAAUGAGGCCGAUUAUCAGCGCGCUACUCGAGAAGUUCCUGGGCCACAAGCCCGGUGACCACCUCCACAUUGUCUGUAACGAGGUAGUGAGCCGCGACGGCAAGGAUAUCAACAGCGAAGGUGGCUGGCAGAUCCAGUACCAUGACGAAAGUCACUUCGGCCACGACAAGUCCCUCGAGAUUAAGCCGUACGCUGCUUUGCCCGAAGGCGAGCGACCGGUACUUCUGUACGCCGGCGAUGGUGUGUCCGAUUUGUCGGCCGCCGCGGAGACCAACCUCUUGUUUGCGAAGGCUGGCAAAGACCUUGUCACUUUCUGCGAGCGCCGUGGUAUGCCCUUCACCACCUUUGAGAACUGGUCCACCAUCCUGUCGACUACCCAAGAUAUCCUUGCCGGUAAGGUGUCGCCCGUCGAUGUGGCGAAGGUCAGCAAGACUGCGUAA